AUGCCUAACAAACAGAAAGCUCUCGUCUGCUACGAAGUCGGCAGCGUACUCUCCCUGGAGCUCAUCGACAUUCCCGAGCCCGGGCCGGGUGAAGUCCUCGUCGAACUUCGGGGCAUCGGGCUCAACUCGCUGGACUGGUUAAUGCAGGAUCGGGGUUCCUUCGUCAAGCAGUGGCCUGCAAUCUUUGGCUUCGAUGCUGCGGGUCUCGUCGCGAAGGUCGGCGAAGGCGUGACGAGCGUCGCGGUCGGGGACAGGGUGAUGCAUUCGGGCACGUUGGAAGAGCCGCAAAUGUCGACAUUCAAGCAGUACACCGUCAUAUGUGCUGAUUUUGUGGCGAAGGUGCCGCCGAACAUAUCCCUGGAUGAGGCCUCAGCUAUUCCUCUCGUAUUAGCUACCGGCGCAUUUGCUCUGUAUGACUCCAAGCAUCCGCCUCGUGGGGGCCUCGCUUUGACUCCACCUUGGGAAGAUGGCGGUCGCGGCAAGUAUGCCGGAGAACCUAUCGUCAUCGCAGGUGGUGCAGGCAGCGUUGGACAAUUCGCGAUCCAGCUUGCCAGGCUCUCUGGCUUCUCACCUAUCGUUACCACUGCCUCAAAGCACAACGAAGCGUACCUCAAGUCUCUCGGCGCGACGCACGUAAUCGAUCGCGUGCUCCCUCUGGCUACACUCGCUACGAAUGUUGCACAGGUUACAGACAAGCCUGUCAUGUACGCGUUCGACGCAGUCUCGACGUCAGAAACGCAGAACGCAAUGUACGAUCUUGUCGCGCCCGGCGGUAGCCUGAUCAUUGACAGGCGGUCCGAGAUCGAUGAAGCGAAGCUUGCAACAGGCGAGAAGUAUGUCGCUCUGGUGUCCGGCGAUGCGCAGAAUCCACAAUCUCAUGAGUGCGCGAAGGCGCUAUACGCGCAUGCGACAGAGUUGUUCGCAUCGGGGGACAUCAAGCCCAACCGGAUUGAAGUCGUGCCUGGCGGACUGGCAGGAGUGACAGCGGCUCUGGAUAGGCUGAGAGAAGGGCUUAGCGCACUGAAGCUCGUCGUUCGCCCACAGGAGACUCCUUGAAGACUCGGUCGACUACCGUUUGAGCUGAACAGCAUACGUUCAAUCCCCACUCAUAAGUCAAGCUAAUGCUCUGGAUAUAGUAGUGUAUCGCUUGUUUGUAAGCAUAAUCAGAAACCACCCCCGCUCAUCC